UGGAAAUAAUCGGAUUAAUAUAAACUUUGACACACCAUGAGUCGGUGAAUCCGUGAAAUCAUAUACUGUCUUUGUUUUUGGAAAAGAUGAUAUCAUAUGCUUUAAAAUAUACCCAAAAUACACAACAAAUCUGCAACUACAACCGUAUUAAAAUCAUGAAUGAAGGACCCACAACCUUAACCCAUUUUUAAUUCCCCCUUUGUUUUUUAUGUUUAUGAUUUUUCUUAAUUUGAUCAAAAUUUCUCUUUGGUUGCUGAAAGGGACCCUCUUCCUCAGGCUUUCCAGGUGUCUUUGUUGAGAAUGGAAAAACACAGCCAUGAAUGAAGGGAAAGCCUUUCACUACUAACCAUUCAAAAUUCAUCUCGAUCUGUUUGUUUCCUUUUCAGUUUCAGAACCAUGCAUAUAGGCCAAAUGGAUAUAACUUCAGCAAAAUGUGUAAUCAACAGCAUUUCUCGAUUCAUUCAUCUAGUUUCUUGCCAAACGUUGAAACCUAUGCCCCUUCAGAAGAACUGUAAUACUAUGGUUGGUGUGUUGAGGUGUUUGAAACCAGUCCUUGAUAAUGUUGUGGAUUGCGAAAUCCCUUUGGAUGACAAUCUGUAUAAAGAAUGUGAAGAAUUGGAUGUACAUGUUAACAAAGCUAGGGAGUUCGUUGAAAAAUGGAGCCCAAAGAUGAGCAGGAUCCACAGUGUUCUUCAAAGUGGAGAAUUGUUAAUAAAGUUACAAAACACUUCGCUUAGGAUUUGUCACACAAUUGAUAUAUCCCCAAAGUUAACUUCAUCUGCCUCAGUUUUGGAUAAUCUUCAGCACCAUAUACAGGAACUUCAGUGUCUUGAGAAGGAACCAACAACUGUCUAUAUAGAAGAAGUGCUGAGAAAUCAAAAGGAAGACACUAAACUUAGCUAUGAACAUUUAAGGGAAAUCAUAGAAUUACUUAAAUUGACAUCAAAUCAGGAGCUUCUGAAAGAAAGUAUUGCUGUUGAAAAGGAAAGGUUAAACGCCGAAGUCAACAAAACAAAAGGGGAGUUAGAUGAAUUUAACCAAAUUGUGAAUCUUGUUUGCAAUUUACGUGAUCAUGUGAUGAAAACUAAAUGCCCUGAAGUCAAAAGUGGUGUCUCAGUUCCAACAUACUUUCGAUGCCCUUUAUCGCUCGAACUCAUGUUGGAUCCUGUUAUUGUUGCUUCAGGUCAAACAUAUGAGAGACAGUCCAUCCAAACAUGGCUUGAUAAUGGGCUGAAUGUUUGUCCGAAGACUCACCAGAGACUAACUCACACAAAUCUUAUUCCUAAUUAUACUGUUAAAGCUAUGAUAACAAAUUGGUGUGAAGAAAAGAAUGUCGAACUUCCCAAUAACUCAAAGCAGAGUAAUUCUACUCAGAGUUCACCCCCGACAGAUCAUUUAUUGCAUCAAGAUUUUGACCGUGUCUGUAGUUUCGGGUCUUCACAUAGUAGCAACUCCAAUUCAAAAUCAUCUCUUCAAACUGGAAAUGCAUUUGAGAAGCAAAAAGGUGACAACUCUUCCAGAGUAAGCAGUGAGUCCAAUAGAUGCGAGAACGGUGAAACAGAAAAGUUUGAGCAACAAUCCCUUGCUCCUUCAUGUAGUCACAGCAGAAGUGAGUCAUUUUCAAGUUCUAUUUCUAGUACUGAUUGUGUACCUUCAGUUUCAAAAAACGUGUCAGGUAUAUCAAAAACGUUAUCUGGAGAUAUUCAUAAUAAUAUGUUUCCUGCUUCUCCUGCAUAUAAAGAAUUCGGGGAUUUUCCAACAGUACCACAAGAGCAAUUUCAAAGCCCUGGAUCAAAAAAUUCAACAGUGGAGAAUGAACAUAAGUACAAUAACAAUAAUAAUAUUGUUAUUACUAGCCAUUCAAAAGAUGAUGCCCGUCCUGCUUCCAACUCGGAAUCAGAUAAAUUGAUCACCACAUCUCAUGUCAGUAAGUUGAUCGAAGAUCUACAGAGCCAAUCAAAUGAAACACAAGCUGCUGCUGCUGAAGAAUUGCGACUCCUUACCAAGUUUAACAUGGAAAACCGUAUCAUUGUAGGGCAAUGUGGGGCUAUCAUGCAUUUACUUCCAUUGUUAUAUUCAGAGAUGAAGAUUACACAAGAGCAUGCUGUGACAGCAAUACUGAAUUUGUCGAUUAAUGAAGACAACAAGACCUUGAUCAUGGAAGCAGGAGCCAUAGAACCGCUUAUCUAUGUUUUGAAGACAGGAAACAACGGUGCCAAGGAAAAUUCUGCUGCAGCUCUAUUCAGCCUCUCGGUACCAGAAAACAAUAAGGCGAAAAUUGGUCGUUCCGGUGCUAUUAAAGCGUUAGUGGAACUUCUAGCUUCUGGAACUCUUAGAGGGAAGAAAGAUGCUGCAACUGCUUUAUUUAACCUAUCAAUAUUUCACGACAAUAAAGCUCGUAUGGUUCAAGCUGGAGCAGUGAAGUUUCUGGCUAUGCUAUUGGAUCCUGCUGAUGGAAUGGUUGACAAGGCUGUAGCUCUUUUGGCAAACCUAUCAACGAUCCCAGAAGGUCAAGUAGAAAUUGUUAGGGAAGGGGGGAUACCCUUACUGGUUGAACUCGUGGAGUCGGGUUCUCAUAGGGGAAAGGAAAAUGCUGCAUCCAUUCUCUUGCAACUAAGCCUCCAUAGCCGUAGGUUUUGUACCCUGGUUCUUCAAGAAGGAGCUGUACCUCCUAUAGUUGCAUUAUCCCAGUUUGGUACGCCAAGAGCAAAGGAAAAGGCACAACAGCUUCUCAGUCAUUUCCGUAGUCAGCGCACAGAAGCUCCCGGUAGAGGAAAAUCAUGAAGAUAAACAAUUUUGGUUAUUUUGUUGCCCUUUUCUUUCUCUUCUGCUUGUACUGUAGGAUUUCUAUCAUUACUAUUUUUCUUUUCAAUUCCUUUUAAUUGCAUUUAUGUCAUAGUUUCGUAGUCUCGAGUGUUUCAUUUUUUCCCACCCUUUUAUUUUGUUGGCUUUAAUGGUUUUGUUUCAUUCUGAAGGGAGAUGUCUGUUAUUAAGAGAACAUGUAAGUUAUUUUGGAAGCUUUAGCAUGGCAACAAGAUGGAAUGCUUUAUUUUGUUAGAGUUAAGGGUCAUCAUAACUGAUGUGGUCCUAUAAAUAGUCACUUUUGUACAUAUUUGUAAAUAUGGCAUAUGAUCUUGUGGGUCUACCAUAAAUUAUUGUACCUAAUUCUUCUAUUUGACCAUUGUAUUUAUGCUAUUUGAGCAUUCUAUUCAACCAUAAAUACGGUAUAGGUUCUUGUGGACUUGAUGAAA